AUGGGCAGGUGCUUACAACAACAGUCGAAAGAGUUUCUAUUUGAAGACGAAGAUUGUGAAUUUAUUAUCAUGAAUCCUGCGCUCGGUUGCAAAAAACUAUCACUCAAUAAUAUAAAGAUUCGUUCGAUUGCACUCUUUAUUUCUUUUAGCAAAGAUGCGAUUUUUGACUUGGACGAUGACCAAUUUCACACAUUUGGUUUUCAUCCAAUUUUUCGUGACUUUUCCGAUGACUCAAAUUCGUUUGCAAUCGAUUAUGUCCAAUAUUAUGCACUGAAUUGCUGGGCAAACGGGUGGAAAAUCGUCGUUAUAGCGUCUUCCCACUCUAGAUUUUGUGAAGAAAUUACUAGAUUCAUACGCGAAAUCCGUAAAGUUUGUGACAAUCUAACUUUGGAUAUUGUUAUUAUCCAACCAAAAAAUAAUGAAAAUAGUGUUAAUGAGGAUAAAGAAAACAAUAAUUAUAUUAAAAAUUUUCAUACAAAUGCUUCUCCCACUGCUCUAAUCUCUUAUCCUUCUGAAGGACUCAAUAUUCUUUUUAAUACUCACAGAACUCUCAUGAUCGACAGGAAUGCUAGCGAUGAAAUUCGUUUUUACAAUAAAAAGGAGCCUUAUUACGAAUUCACUAAUUUCUUUCAUGCUCCUAUUCGAAUUGAUUAUAAAGAAUGGAAAACAUCUGAAAGUUAUUGUUAA